GGACCGAGCUACUUCCGGGAGAGAAUGGGCGGGGAAAGAGUUCCGUGUGUUUGGCGGGUUUCGCUAUCUUCAUUAGUAUUUGGUCUUCCUACAGGCACAGGAGCCGGACCCGUGAGGAGGUGGUGACGCCGCCGCUGCCUGAACAGACUGUUUCGGGCUCCCCGAUGGCCACGGCUGUGGAUUUUAAAACCUAUGUAGAUCAGGCAUGUAGAGCUGCUGAGGAAUUUGUCAAUAUUUACUAUGAAACAAUGGACAAAAGAAGACGGGCACUGACCAGGCUGUAUCUUGACAAAGCCACUUUAAUAUGGAAUGGGAAUGUUGUUACAGGGCUGGAAGCCCUAGCUAAUUUUUUUGAUGUGUUGCCGUCGAGUGAAUUCCAGGUUAAUAUGUUAGAUUGCCAACCAGUUCACGAGCAAGCUACUCAGGCCCAGACUACAGUUCUUGUUGUGACCAGUGGAACUGUGAAGUUUGAUGGCAAUAGACAGCACUUCUUCAAUCAGAACUUCCUGCUAACUGCUCAGACUACUCCUAACAACACUGUGUGGAAGAUUGCAAGUGAUUGUUUCCGUUUUCAAGAUUGGGCUAGUAGCUAAAGGGGCUGAAAGUCCAUUCUCCUUGGGUUCAUUAGUUUCAGCAACAAUUUGUGUGAGUUAAUUUCACUGAGGAAGCACGAUUAACUAGUAUGUUCUGUAACUAAAUUUCAUAUAUUUAUAAAAUAUCUGGCAGCACCUUUUCUGGUGGCUGCCAGUUUGAGUUAUUGCCCUUAAGAGCUUUAAUGCUAGUGUUUUACAUGCCUUACAUACAUUUCACUAAUGACAGUCUUAUAGUAAUAUUAUAAACAUGAUCUCUGUAUUAACAUACUGUGAGCCCAGCCUAUUGCAAAAAUAAAAUCCUUUUAUAAUACUGUCUACAGGAUAUCUGCACAAUAAAACCGGGAGGAAGCGGAGUAUUCUUUUUUAUUAGGUUAAUUUUGUAGUAGAACACACACCUAUUUUCAGUAAACACUAGUAAUACAGUUUUGGUAUAAGGCUUUUUUGUAUCAGUUUAGUGAAAAUAUUACUAAUAUUGGUUUGCAUAUUAGAAUCACAGGUAGAGAUAUUCAGUGGUCUUUUUUCAUGUUACGUAAUGUUUUCUAUGUUUACAUAUCCUUAUUAAGUGAAUUAAUCUACUAGAGAGGUACAGCAUGUUCUUAGUUGAGUACUGGAUAUACUUGGUGAUUUAAAAGCAAAAGUUCUUAAAAAGAUUUUCUUGGCAGCUCCAGGUUUAUAACUUUAGGGAAUGAAUAGUAGUGGGACUAAUAGCCUUAAUAGGAGAAUAGGCGGUGAGAAAUACAGUGAUCCACGGUUGGCCAAAAGUUAUUAGGGUGGCUAAAUUGUAAGUUUUUGGUACUUGUUUUCUACCUCCUAAAAAUGUAGCCUAUUUUUAGGGUUUAAGUCAUUAAGGUAGUAAGUAUCAUUGCCAAAUGGUCAUGAGCGUCGCUUUUGUUCUAAAAAUUAUUUUUAAAGGUUUUUCCAGUUCACCUCAUACUUAACACCAAUAUAUGUCUCAGUUUAUUUAAGAACUUAAUGGGGAUGAAACGUCAGCAAUAAACCUUCCCUGUAGCAGGAUGUGACAGGAAAGGUUCAAACAAAGCCAUUGCUAUCUCUUUGGGACAUCCUUUACUUCUAAGUCUUCCAUGUGAACUUCAGGCCAAAAGUAUCCUAUGUAUUAUCCACUCCCAAAGUAAGUGAUUUCUUUCCUAUGUUUUAUAUUGUGACCUGAAUUAUCUUUUACUCAUUAAAGUUAAAAUUGUUUAAUUUUAUGAUUUGUUUUUCUAUAUGGCAUUGUGAGCAAAUAGCUUUGUUUUAAAACACAUUGCAGUUAAACGGCUCUUUGUCUUUUUAACAAGAAAAUAGCAGCAGAUCUUAAUUAGUCCAUAAACUUUAAAAAAACAAAUGUGAUUCAUUUUUAUGUCUCAAAAUCUAACAUCUAAAGAGAAGGAAAUACAGCUUUGGUUUUUGUUAAAACUUUAAAUGUUUUUUCAUUCUCGAAUUUAUUAUUUAACGUUUUUAAGCUAGACGUGCCAGCUUUGUUUCUACAUGGCGACUCAAAAGAUAAUGUUUCUUAUCACUUCAUUUGAAAACCAGUAAUUCAUUUACUUUCCUCUGAGACAACACAUUGUAUUUCUGAUAUAUUAUCAAAUAGAAUUAAAUAGGAGAAGAAGGUAAAAUUGAAGUUCAGACCACUCCUUCUUACAAUAGUAAUCAGAUCUUAUAGUUUAUUCAAAAUGAACUUAUUCUGAUACUGGAUUGACUUUAAAAAUGAUAGCUUUAGCAGCACCGAUCAGAAUAUGCAAACUGCCCUUUCGCUUGUGGAGAACAGUCUCAAGUAAAAGCUGCAUAUAACUAGCAAUAAGUAAGUUGAGCGGUUGUAUACUAUUCAUGAACUGAAUGUUUUAGGACUUGUUUAUGAACUGCUUUUUCCAAAUUCUGUAUAACUUUUAAAUGGCUGGAACUACUCUUAUAUGGACUAGACUGUAUUUUUGACAUGCACAUAUUUUUGUAACUUGAAAAAAAUA